AUGUGGUAUGGUGCACUCCGAGCUGCAAUUAUAUGGACCAAGGCUUCAAGAUGGAGAAAAGUGUCCAAAUGCAAGAGCCUGGUUAAGCAAGUGCAGAAGCAUUUAACCAUCCAAAAGAAUAGGAGAGAUGCUAUUGUGAGGCAGGCACGUGUUGACAUCUCUCUGCUUCUCCGAAAUGGACAGCUAGAGCAAGCUUUACCUAGGGUUGAGAAACUCCACAAGGACCAGUGCUUAUUGGCUGCAUAUGAUCAAAUUGCCCAUUUCUGCAGUUGCAUUACUACCAGUAUUGUCCAUGUGUACAAUAACAGGGCAGUGCAGGACUUGCCUGGUGCUAUUGGAGAAGCAGUUGCAAGUUUAAUAUUUGCUGCCUCAAGAUGUGGUGAACUGCCAGAGCUACGUCUGUUGCGUGGCCUGUUCAAAGAGCAAUACGGAUGGGAACUCGACGUUAUCAGUGUCGAAUUACGUCCUGGGAAUCUUGUGAAUUCUCAGUUGAAGGAGAAACUAUGCAUAACUCUGAUUCCGGAUGAUGUGAAACAAUAUUUAAUAGGUGAUAUAAUGAAGAACAGCAAUGUCCAGCUGGCUCUUCAGGAUAGCCAAGGCACAACACGCCAGGUGCGCACAAAUGUUAUUUGUAUCACAUUUACUGACUACUUUAUCGACGACAUUGUUAAUAGAACCUCACAUCGGAAGUUUAUAACCUUGCACAAUAACAACUAUAGCUUUGCAGACAGAGAUUUCAAGGAUGAGCAGAAAGCUGAUGGGAUUCAAAUACAAAUUCCGAAAUCGGAAACAGAGAAGAGUUCUGGGAUACGUUGUUCGCUGUCGAACGGUAAGCUUUCACUGGCCACGCUAUCCCAUUUUCAGAAUGGCUCAAACACAACUGCUGGUUCAGUUGGCUUAAACAAAAUCAAGAAAAAUGAUAUCAACUUACGGGACGGAAAUGCAAACCCUAGGACACAUGCCAUGACUACUACACCAAGAAAAAGUACAAAUGGGGAUGCUGUGAACAAAGAUCGCUGCAAGAUGUUGGUGAAGAGUCGCCAUUCUUUCGCUGGUCCGGUUGAUGGACAUAAAAUGGCGCAGGGAACGUCUCCUUGCUCCAGCCAUGUCCACCCCAAGCUUCCGGAAUAUGAUGAUCUAGUAGCCAAACUUAAGUGUCUCAAGGCAGAGUAUAGGCAUCGUAAAAACUUUUCAGUUUUCUGA